UUUCACUCCAAAGGCACGUACAAGUGUGAUGAGGAUCAUACGUGGGUGAGCCCUGAAGCUGGCAAGGAGAUGCCCAUCUGUGAGCCAGUGUGUGGGAAGCCGAAGAACCCCCCAAGGCAGAUGCAGCGCAUCAUCGGGGGCCUGCUGGCUAGGAAGGGCAGCUUCCCUUGGCACCCCCGCCACAACCUCACCGUGGGGGCUACGCUCAUUGGUGAUCAGUGGCUGCUGACCACGGGCAGGAACGUCUACCUGAACCACACUGAGAACACCAAGCCAGAGGAGAUUGCCCCUACGCUGCAGCUCUUCCUGGGCAGUCAGGAGUCUGCCUUGGGCAUUGAGCGUGUGGUGCUGCACCCUAGCUACCCGGAGGCUGUGGAUCUGGCCCUGCUGAAGCUCAAGCAAAAGGUGCUCCUCGGAGAGGAGGUCAUGCCUAUCUGCCUGCCCCAGAAGGACUAUGUGCGCCCGGGGCGGGUGGGUUACAUCUCGGGCUGGGGCCGUGGUGCCACCUUUGCCUUUCCCGAUAUGCUGAAGUAUGUGAUGCUGCCGGUGGCAGAGGGUGAGAUGUGCAGGCAGUACUAUGAGGCGCGGAAUGAGUCCUACUGGGUCCAGCCCAUCCUUAGCAACGACACCUUCUGCGUGGGCAUGAGCGAGCUGCGGGAGGAUACGUGCUAUGGGGAUGCCGGCGGUGCCUUCGCCGUGCAGGACCCCGAUGAUGACACCUGGUACGCGGCUGGCAUCCUCAGCUACGACAAAACCUGUACGGCCUCCAAGUAUGGCGUAUAUGUGGACGUGCAGCGUGUCCUGGCCUGGGUCAAGGAGAUGGUGGCGGCUGGCUGA